AAAUAGUGUCAUUUUCGCCUUGCAACCUUUUGAGUCGUCGCCUCCCGGGACUUCACUGCCAGCAAAUCUGGGAUCGAUAGGACGGUUUUUCCUUCGGCGGACGUGACAGCAUUUGACAUUGUGCAGCAAAGAAAUGGUUAUGGAGAAGCCCAGUCCGCUGCUUGUAGGGCGGGAGUUUGUGAGGCAAUAUUAUACUUUGCUGAAUAAAGCUCCAGAAUAUUUGCACAGAUUUUACGGCAGAAAUUCUUCCUAUGUUCAUGGUGGGGUAGAUGCUAGUGGGAAGCCACAGGAGGCCGUUUAUGGCCAAAAUGAUAUACACCACAAAGUAUUAUCUCUGAACUUCAGUGAAUGUCACACUAAAAUUCGUCAUGUGGAUGCUCAUGCAACUUUGAGUGAUGGAGUAGUUGUCCAGGUCAUGGGUUUGCUGUCUAACAGUGGACAACCAGAGAGAAAAUUUAUGCAAACCUUUGUACUAGCUCCUGAAGGAUCUGUUCCAAAUAAAUUUUAUGUUCACAAUGAUAUGUUUCGUUAUGAAGAUGAAGUGUUUGGUGAUUCAGAACCAGAACUUGAUGAAGAAUCAGAAGAUGAAGUUGAAGAGGAACAAGAAGAAAGACAGCCAUCUCCAGAACCUGUGCAGGAAAAUGCUAACAGUAGUUACUAUGAAGCUCAUCCUGUGACUAAUGGCAUAGAGGAACCUUUGGAAGAAUCCUCUCAUGAACCUGAACCUGAGCCAGAGUCUGAAACAAAGGCUGAAGAGCUAAAACCCCAAGCAGAAGAAAAGAAUUUGGAAGAGUUAGAGGAGAAGUCCACUUCUCCUCCUCCUGUUGAGCCAGUUUCUCUGCCACAAGAACCACCAAAGGCUUUCUCCUGGGCUUCAGUGACCAGUAAAAACCUGCCUCCUAGUGGUACUGUUUCUUCCUCUGGAAUUCCACCCCAUGUUAAAGCACCAGUCUCACAGCCAAGAGUUGAAGCUAAACCAGAAGUUCAGUCUCAGCCACCCCGUGUGCGUGAACAACGACCUAGAGAACGGCCUGGUUUCCCUCCAAGAGGACCAAGACCAGGUAGAGGAGAUAUCGAACAGAAUGAAUCUGACAACCGUAGAAUAAUUCGCUAUCCGGACAGCCAUCAACUUUUUGUUGGUAACUUACCACAUGAUAUUGAUGAAAAUGAACUGAAAGAAUUCUUCAUGAGUUUUGGAAACGUUGUGGAACUUCGCAUCAAUACCAAGGGUGUUGGGGGAAAGCUUCCAAAUUUUGGUUUUGUGGUUUUUGAUGACUCUGAACCAGUUCAGAGAAUCUUAAUUGCAAAACCAAUUAUGUUUCGAGGGGAGGUUCGUUUAAAUGUGGAAGAAAAAAAAACAAGAGCAGCAAGAGAACGUGAAACCAGAGGUGGUGGUGAUGAUCGCAGGGAUAUUAGGCGCAACGAUCGAGGUCCUGGAGGUCCACGUGGAAUUGUGGGUGGUGGAAUGAUGCGUGACCGGGAUGGAAGAGGACCUCCUCCAAGAGGUGGCAUGGCACAGAAACUUGGCUCUGGAAGAGGAACAGGACAGAUGGAAGGCCGCUUCACAGGACAGCGUCGCUGAAGUUCCACUGUUGGCAAAGUCUUGGCAGUGGUACAUUAUUCAUCGUGUUUGCAUUCUUGUUAAUUUUUUUGGCUUUGGAAUGUGACACAGCCUUUUUGAUCAUUUCUUUGAUGUGAAAAGCAUCUUUGGUUAUCAGUUAAAUUGAAGUGGACAAUAUUUCCCCAGUUUCACAACAAGAUUCACUUUAAUUUAUAAAUCUAUACUUGGAGAAUUAAGGACCAUAUCUUAAAUAUCAACAAAACGAGGACUUAAAAGGACAUUCCCAACUGAAUUCAGGUCCUUUGAGUCAAAAAAUCCUCUGCUGCACAUUUUGUUUAAGUGUUACUGUUUCUUCCUAUUAAUGUUGGAGACACAAGUAGUACAUUUUGUGCAAUUAGAGUAUCUUGCCUUUUUUCUUGACUCCCCCCAAAACAUAAACCAACAAAAACUCGUUAUGCACUCAUCAAAACGCACGAAUGGGUACUCUGAACUCAUUAACAUUGACAUCUGCAACUGGAGGCAACAGGGGAGUUUUUUUCUUCAUCUUUUUUCCAGUAGAGAAUAGUUUGUGAAAGAUGAGGGCAUUUUAUCUGCUGUUACCAGCGUGUGUACACAUAAACCUUAACAAGACUACAGGUAUAUUCCAGAAGGAAAUCAUUUAGUUAUGAACUAAAUAACAAAAAUCAGAACUUCAAACGCUAUGGUCUUGAAUUUUAGACCAGAUUUAAUAGCUCCAUAUAUAAGAUGUUUUCUACCUGCCCCUCUUCAGUACAGGGAUGGCUGGCUGCUCAACAUACUCCUCUUCCUGCCCCCCCUUUCAGCUGUGUACAGUGAAAAUUGUCUUUACUGUAUUUUUGUUCUCUGGUAAUGUAAUAAGCAUGAUGGUGCCUUCUAAUACAUCAUUCCAGUCUUGCUGGUAAUUUUGUACAGUAUAGUGUAUGAAUUGCUGUGCUGCAAAGCCAAACAGCUGCAAAAUGUUGAAAAAUCAUUGAAGUGUAUAAAAAUUGCAGUAUCUUUAAAAUCAGUAAAGUUGACUAGCAUUUUAUUUACCUUGUUCUUCCGUUAACAAUUUUGUGUUCUCUGUGGGAGGAAGUCUUGUGUUGGGGAGGGGCAGAGGGAUGGAGGAAUUUCAUUAUUUGAAGUCUCUUUUUGACUCUUAGUAUAAAUGUGAACGUUGAAGUGUAUCAUAUCACUCGAGCGGUGCUUAGAAAAGUCACUCAAUUUGAUAUAUGUUCUUAGUGACAUUUUAAAAGCAGUCAGGAUUUAUAAACAAGUAAACCUGAAGUGAGGAUACUGCAAUUUUCAGAGAAAAGAAUAGCAGUUCUUAAGUGUUUGCAUUUUCUAUUUGGGGGGCAGAGAACUGUCAUUCAUUUUGCACAAUUCUUGAACUGAUGUCAGCACCCAAGUGGCUCUGAGUUUAAGGCUGGGAUGACAUCUUUUAUUUUUACAUGAAUCUCUUAAAACAAUUCUGUGAGCAAGAUUUGUAGCUGCUGGAUUAUUGUGUGUCAUUACAGCAAGUUCCAGUAAAUGGCAACUGUGGCAAAGAAUAUCCAAUAUUACGCUUGAAGCAUUCAGUACAUACUGAUAACUGAUGUUUCAGGUUUCUAGUGAGGUAAAUAAAUAAGUGUGACCACUUAAAGCUGCUUGUUAGCAUGGAAGACUUCUCCAUUCUUAGUGAAAACCAACAAAAAAUGCACUUGACAUAGUAGUAGCAAACUGGUUCUGAAUUAGGAAACUGUUUGCUAGUUAGUAAUCCUAUGAUGCACAUAUUUUGCUUUUCCAUGUACUGGACUGGGCAAUAUUAGUAAAUUUAAAUGUUUCUUUGCUUCCCCUUGAUAGAGGUCUUCCAUGUUGAGGGAAAAGUCUUGCACUAUUUGUGUAUAUUUUGGGGACUCAGAUUUCUCAUAGUUUCCACUUUGGCGGGUUUAAGGAUUUUUCCUGUUUGGAACAGUUUUACAAUUCCUAAUGUAUAGUACUUGAAGUUCUUAUCAGAAAAUUACUUUUGAAUUUUAGACCUUUAUUCAAGCUACUUUUAAACAAGUGGUUUAUUGUCAGUGUUUUUCGUUUUUAUUUUUUGUUUGUUUUUCUGUUUUCCUCUUAUAUUUCUUUCUAUUGUUUGCGUGUGUACAUAUGUAUACACAUAUACACAAUUUUUCCAAUCCAGGAUAUUGCCCUGUCAUCCAACUGUUCUGGCAUCAAAAGUAAUGACAAAAAUGUUAAGUGUGAUAGGAAAUUAGAGCAAAGAGCCAUUUAGCUUCAGUCUUUACAUACCACAAAUAAAACAUGAAAACAUCUUAUGGAGAAGUUAUGUGGUGAUUGUUCACCUGCAGUACUGUGGAUUUUUAACAUUUUGUCCCCUUUUCAGUGAAACAAAGUAAAUUCAUCUAUCAUUACUGUUACUUGCUGAUUUUUUUUUUGAUGGUAAUAUUCUAUUCUUAUAGACACUAUUGCAACCAAAUCGGCUUUACCAUCUUGGCUUAGUAGGUAUAGAAAAAAUGGAUUACCAUCUUUAUUGCUGUAAUGUGUUAAGCAUUAUAUGCUAGUAGAAUCUAGUUUAAUUGUUUCAGGUGGAAAGUAUUCUUUUGAGUUUCCAUUUUGAAUGUGUUUGGACUAAACAAUAAACUACUGAUGUCUGCA